AUGUUUCGUCUGUUCUUCUUGAUGACUUUGGCCAUUUUCUUGGCCGCUUCAUUCGGAACUUCCCAGAACAAUUCUUCAAAUCAGGUAACUUAAGAGCGAACCAAGUUUUAAAGCAUUCAACUUUUCCCAGAAUAUAUUCCCUACAAUCUAUAUUGGCUAGGGAACUGUUCAGAUGCGGUUUUCUUUAGCUUUCUAGACUCAUUAGCAACGCUGUUUUUAUGCCCUUUCAGAUUCUUUCAGAUUCAUGAUCCGUUGAAUAUCUUGGCUGCAAACAAGAAACUCAGCUAUUACAGACAAAAAUUUAAUUAAUCAUCGAUUUUACAGGAUACAGCAUUCAGGACUUUAGAUUCGGAUAGCUCAUGGGCCAUCUUCAGUUUUCAUGAGAUUAUUAAAGGAAAGAAAACAAAAUAAUUGCACUCCAUGCACGAAAACCCAGGGGGGGGGGAUUAAAAAGGGGGAUAAAAUUAAAGUGUUUGGUUGGUAAGGGGAAGAUAUAUCGGGAAGUCUGAAAACGCGCGGGUGUUCGAGAAUUUCGCGUGAACAACGCGCAAUCAGACACGCGUCUUCGAGCGUUUGUGAACGCAUCGGUCCCUUGUUACAAGUCUUCUCUCAAUGAGAAACAAACGCCUGAUGAAUAUUUACCAAUUAGGGAUCUCAGGUUUUAACAGUUAUGUUUUACAAGUUGACCCAAAUCUACCGUGUUCGACUCCUAAAAUAGUCUUUGGGAAGCAGAGCGUCAAUUAGAGAAGCUUCUAAGGAGAUUUAUUUUUAGAAUUGGAACUUACUCUUUACCAAAAAAACGUGAGGUCUAUAAGGUGAGCUCAGGUGAGUUUUAACUCCUUGACGACUGUUUUGGUCUUUUUGGUCCUAAUUUUUGAACCAUGAACAUUUUCCUUCGUGGACCCAUUGAUAGCAAAAUCAGCAAGGAUAGAUCUUUCCGCUGGUACCUCAUUUAGGAAAUUUUGACCAAUCCUGACAGAUCUUUAAUUUUACAUGUACACUAAAAAAAUCAACAUUUGGGGGAAAAUCCACCACCAAUUUUGCUAUUUACCUGCUACUCUUUGCCCUUUUCCUGAAAAGGUAGCCAGCCAAAACUCCACACAAAAGAAAGACACUAAGUGGGCAACAAAACAGGUUGUGAAAAAAAAAAACAAAAGGAAAAAAUGAAUGCAAGGAAAGAGAUUGAAACAGAUUCCCAGAUUUGUUGUGUUGUUUGCAAGCUUAGGCAGGGCUGUCAUCAAGAGACAGGGGCCGGGGAUUUUCUCCGGCUACAGUAUGAAUGUAUGAAUGUUUUCAUAUCAUUUAUCUAGAUUUUCCACUUCUUUAAGUGAUAAAGUAUGUUAAAUUUCCCAAUCUAUCAGACUAAUGGAUCUGCAGCAAAGUCUAAAAGCUGUAAAGUUGUACCUCAAGCUGGUUGCUGUAAGGAUGGUGAGUUUACAAUUUAUUGUAAAAAUUGAUUUUAGACAAAGUGAUAAUAUUUCCAUGCAGGAUAUGGAAAAAACCCAGCUAAUAUCAAAAACCAAAAUUAAAUCUUCUUAGAACGUGUAGGUUAAAAUUUUCCUGGAUUGAGAUUUUAUAUUGUGUGGAUGGUAAGUUAGUUCAGUUGUGUUUCAUUAAUCUAAUACCUGUAUUUUGUUUUAAUAAUUUAAGGCAAAGAUGGAAAGGAUGGACAACAUGGUGAGUCACAUUAAAAUGCAGCAAUUUUCCUUCAUUACCAUUUGCAUUAAUGCAGCAUUAGAUGAUUUAGAAAUAAUUAGCCACCCAGAUAUAAUCAAGUGUUGUUUUUUGUAAUUGCAGGAAAAGAUGGACGUGAUGGAGUGAAUGGUGAUCUACAUAAUUUUACUAAUAUUAUUAUCCUUUUAUACAAAUACAGACUGUACCUGCCAACUCUUUCUGAGUCAAAUCAAAUCAAUUGUGAGAUCAAUUCUAAAGUUAUCUCAAAGGCAACAACUUAAGCAUGUUGAUACCAAGUGUCAAAGAGAAAUUGAAUCAAAUUUUUGUCCUUAAUCAUGUGUUAAAGAACAAUUUCUCUGGAAUUGUUUGUCCAGUGUGAGCACGAGUGAAAUCAAUGUCUAAAUAAGUCCACAUGCAUGAAACUCAUGCAUAGUGUGUUAGUCAGUGGGCAGGCAUACUGUAAUAAGAUAUAUUUUGAGAAUAAUUAUUAUUCUCAAAAUAAAUCUUAACCAUUUAAAAUCCUUCUUUUAAUAAUUGUCAUUCCCCUUGUUGAAGCUUUUUGUCUGUGUUGUACCCCAGCUUGUAAUGUUACUAAUCAAAGGCUCAGCCAGUGCUCCAAGAAAAAUUGAAACUUGGGAGCCCAGUGCUCUAAACAUGUGAAAUCCAGGGAGCCAAGCAUCAGAUUUUUAUGGGAAAGCUAAGAUUUCCUAGUUGCUCAAGGUCAAAAGUAAGGUUUUAGGGGCCACUGACUGGGUGCUGCCCAGUAGAGCACAGCCUCAUUGAGGUUUUUUUCAUAUAAUUAUUUUACUAUUUAAAUACCAGGGUAAAGAAAAUAGUUCAUUAUACCAAGGACUUUGUUAUACGUUAGAUCAGGUUUGUUAAAUAACAAGGCUUCACUUUGUCACUUUUGUUUAUUGUCUGGAACACAGGAAAAGAUGGCCGUGAUGGACGAGAUGGCAGUGGGAUUAAGGUUGGCAUUUAUUUUGUUAAAACAUAUUGCUUCCUCUUUGCUUGAGAGUUCAUUAUCAACAGCUAUUGUAAAAUAGUUGAUAACAUUCAAGUCCCAUAACACCAUUAAUGCUGUGCACCAAAGCCAUCUAUAUUUGGCUAUCUGUCGGUUAAAGAAAGCCUGUAGUAAACCAGUAAUUCAAAUUGAAUGAGCCAGAGAGCUUUACAUGUAUGUCUCCAAUAAAAAGUUCUCUGUAGUGUGAAGAUAACAACUUGCCAUAAAGAGGUUUUGGGCAUUUGAGCUCUUCUCUUUCCAGAGAAAGAAAGUAAGAUAUGAAAUUAUUUUUAAAAAAUUGAUAGAUUAGUUAAAUGUUUUUGUGCUACUGAACCAACUUUUAGGGUAAUAGUUUGCAAAAAUGAAUACACGACUGAAAAAAUUACAAAUUAUAGACUUAAUAUACAAAAAUAGUUGGUCAACUUUUUAACGUUAUGUCACUGUGUAUUGGACAAAUAAAAAUUCCUUCAUAAAACCUUAUGAACAGAAGAGGUGAGAAAUGCGUAGGCACCGGCCGGGAGAUUAAUCGCCUUCAUUUACCAAAAUAACAAGGGAAAUAAAUCAGUAACAUCGGCAAGCAAAUAAUUGUUAUAAAUAUUUGGAAAAUCAAGCUUUCUUGACCUUGAACCUUCGACAAUGAUUCAAACUUCAUGCAAUUUCUCACCUCUACCGAUUUUCAAAUUUGGAAGUAUUCGUUGAUGUUUGGCUUUCCCUGGAAAAAUCCAUUGAUGAAUUCUCAAUGGUAUAUAAAAAGAUGAGUGCGACUGAUAUGGCCUAGGGUCUAUAAUCAGGAUUUGGCUUGUAACUAGUUUAAGGUUUGUUUAGAGUUAUUCCGGCACGCUUCUUACUUUCUGUUUCAUGCCAAUUUGUGAUAUGCAAAUCAGCAAAGAAAUGGUAUCUAAUGCGCAUGUGCAUCAGCUGACUGUGUCCCUUUAAAAAGGACAUGCAUGUGUACAAAUCAAGAGAGGAUAAAGGGGACAGAGGAGGCAUCCCCCAUACACACAGGAAAAUAGCAGAUUCCCAUUUUUGGAUAUUUUAGGGUAUUUGAAGAAUACCCACAAAAAUCCCAAAUUUGGAAGAGUGAGACAAGUCCCAAUCAGGGAACUUGGUUGGAAAUUCCGUGGAUGGGACUUGUCUCACUUUGCCAAAUUUGGGAUUUUUGUGGGUAUUCUUUAAAUACCCUAAAAUAUCCAAUAUUGGGAAUCUGUUAUUUUCUCCUGUGACACACCCUAUUCCAUAGGUAAUUCGUCUCGAGUUAUUUUUAACACCACAGAUCUCAAGAGGGAUUAGACAACAGCCAAUCACAUAGCGGGAAUGUGUUCCACGUAGAUGACCCCCGCUCAGAGCCACGCGUCCUUCAUGAAUUGACGCAGAACAAAAUGGCGGAAGACGCAGAGAGCGAUAUUGCUAUUCAGUUUGUCAACGAAAACGACUACAAGGAGAUUUCUGCUAAAGCUGUGUCAGCGAAAUGGAUAUUAAAAAAGAAUCGCCCUUCCUCUCUUGUAUAGAGCUAACAGUACAGCAGGGAAAUCCUUAACACACUGAAUAUUCUCUCAGGAUCAUUUAUAACUUACAGUUUGAAGAGAGCAAUUUCUGGUUUGAUAUUUAUUCUUUUAUUAGUCUUUUAUUAUUCAACAAAAAUAACACUUGGCGUUCUACUUGCUUUAUUGUACAAAAUGACCGGUUUCAAUAGACCGGCGAAAUUCUCAUGUUAUCAAAACACUUACGUUACGACAACUUUGAGUUAAACUGAUUUCACGGGUUGUCAAAGAGUCUAGCAAUUUCCCUUUUCCCAGGUGAGCGCCGACUCAUUUCGCUUCAACAUUCAGGAAUGCUCUCGAUCUCUUUACACUUUCAUUGCCUUUUGCCCGACAGUGUUUUCCAUGGCAUUAAGUCAAGCGAAACCUCCACGAAACAUCCACGCAGCGUGCGAGAUAACUUUAUCCCGAUUCUAAAUUAUAACUCGAGACGAAUUACCUAUGGAAUAGUGUCUGUAUGGGGGAUGCCUUCUCUGUCCCCUUUAUCCUCCCUUGGUACAAGGCUUAUUUUGAAAGGACAUAUUUCAAAAUUGGGCGGUCAUUAAUAAGCAUACCGUAUUUACUCAAAUAAGUGCCGCUGCACUUAUUAAAGUUUUCACGCCUCAAAUUCGGCACUUAUUUGAGGGUGGCGUUUAUUUAAAAGAAUUGUUUUUUUUUAUUUAGUAUGAUAUUGUUAUUUGCUGUCUUAAACAAACAAAGAAUGUCUUUUGAUUUUGAUUAUUUGGUGGUGCGUAUUACUAUAAAAUCUUUGUCCCAAGUUUAUGCCGUGCUUACUCAAGGGCGGCACUAAUUCAAGUAAAUUUUUUUACAGUCAUAUGCUUUCAACCUGAUUUGCCCCAAAUCUCUUGACAGUAUAUGGCAAGAAAAUCCAAGCAAUGAUUCUGGGUAACCCCUUUUCAAGAACCUGUUCUUCACACAUUUGGCGACUCCCUAUUUUCUUAUUUGUUAUCUUAAAAUGUAAUUUCACACUUUCAUUUUUUAUAUAUACUGAUGCCUGUCUUGUUCACACUUUUAAAUGUUGGCGAUAUAAUGUCAUCGAAAUGUUGUGGAAGUCUUGCAGGGAAUCAAUCAUUAUUAUUUUUGAAAAGUAUGAAAUUGAUGUCUGUGACAACCAUGUAACAGCUGAGUGCCCCUUUAAAAAAUAUGUCUAUUAUUUUUUCGUUAGUGUCAGGCCUUGAAAAAGUCUUUGUGAGCCUGAUAAUUCCCCCCACUCCACUCCCGAGGGGCCUGGGGCCAAAUUAUUAUAACAUUAUUAAGGUACUAGUUAACCCAUUUACCCCUUGGAAUUUUGCUGAAAAGUGCUUUGAAGCUUGUAGAACCAUUUUCUGAUCACUGUCCGGUAAUAAAGAGCUAAAACAUACCAAAAAGCCGUUUACAGGUCGUGCGCUUCAAGGCCUUCUGUUCCAGAUGCAAAAUAUCAGCUUCUGAAGUUCGGGCAUUUGCGUAGCAAGUGAUACAAAGGAUGUGGAUCCUUAUGGGCAAUUAUAGGGGGUUCAAGGGCAAUUGGGUUAAGAUACAUUAAGCCAUUAAUUUCUAUUCAACCAAUAAUUCGGGAAAUUUUGGUUUGUACAUCAAAAUGGAACGGACCAUUUUGGUUUGUUCCAACCGAAAUAUUCGGGACUAGCUUUGAAGGUGGUCCUCUUUGACCGGUGCGGUAAUUCCAGUCUGUCCGACCGAAAUCUCCCUUUCCAUUUGACAAAAGUGUUAUCCCCAGUACUGCGCUUUUAUAUCCUGCUUGCAAGAACAAUAACCAAAAGCGUAGUGGCUCAGGUCAGGUCUUUACAUGUGCAACCGGAAUGUACUGUUCCAUUGGGCACAUGGAAUUUCCAAAAUUUCAAACUGGAAUUUUUGUUGAAUGGAAAGUGCCUGUAGAUAAACUCGGACCAAAUGUUAAAUUCAAAUAGCUGUUUUGGUUAUACUUUAAACUACCAAAACCAGUGAAAAUAAAUAAACUCCUUUUUAGUGGAACAUGUAUGUCCAUGAAGUGGUCCUGCACCUACCACAUUCACCCACGUGACAACAUUUUUCUCUUUAUUAACCACUGAGGUAGUCUCCCUCGCAGCCGUUUUUAGUAUCGUCACGCAAUGCUCUCCCCAGAGGAGGAGGAGGAGGAGGAGCGUAGCGUGACGAUACUAAAAACGGCUGCGAGGGAGACUACCACUGAGGCUGCUGAGGCAGAAGCUAAUAUACACAGGGAACCCGAACGCUGUAUUAGCUAAUAGAAUAAUUAUAUAUAUUUACGCGGUAUUAGCUAAUAAUAAUAAUAUGUUUUUAACCUUAAUGUUUGUUCCUGUGUCUUUAUGACUCGUUUUGAAAGGGAUUUGAAUCCGAUCAGAGACGGUUAACACUGCUGGUUAUCAAAUGCGUUUGCUUGUAUAGCGCGUCGUAAAUAAGACGCUCAAGUUUCGUCUCACGUUUCUAAUAUUGUUAACUAUUAACUUUCCUCUAACGGCCACGAGAAGAGUCAUAGUUUUCACAGCUUUGGUUUCUUAUUGGUUUCUUAUUUUGGUUUCUUAUUAAUUUGUAAAUAUCUAUGUUAGGGAGAAAAAGGAGAAACAGGGAUACCAGGGAAAGAUGGAAAUGCUGGCAUUAAGGUAUUAUUGACAUGUUCUGCCCUUUAAAUGGAAGUGUUUAGUUUCUAGAUCCAUAUCCUUCCAUAAAACGUCAUUGAAUAUAUUGAACAAUGCAAAAUCAGCAAAAUCAUAACCAGACCAGUUAACUUUAUUUUGAUCUCCACCACAGUAAAGACAAGCAAACUGGCUAUUCUCUCAGCAUUUUGUAAUAAAAAUAACAAUGAUAAUAAUAUUAAUAAUAAUAGUAAUAAUAAUAACAAUAAUAAUAUUCAUAACAAUGUUUAAAGAAGGAGCCCAACUUUCCAUAGCGGUUUUCAGUGGGUCCCUCAUUAAAGUUACUAAAGUAAUUAAUUUAAUUUAUUGCUAGAUUAAAAGUAAAAACUGGCUCAAAAAUUAAAAAAGAGUGAAGAUCAUAAAAUUCGAAGUAUAAAGUACAACUUCUCCCCAGAGAAAGAGGUCCCCAUAACAUUGUUCCUUAUUUUAACCCUAAGGUUGCUGAAAACAAUUUCUCUGGAAAUGCUUUAUGUAUUUACUAUGCAUGUUAAAUUCGUGCUCCGUAACACCUGACCAAGUAGUUUUUAAUCAUGAGGAGAUAUGCAGCCAAUGAGCUUUUGAAGAAAAAAGUGCGAGGACAGGUUGAGAAGAAUGCUUAGAAGUUUUCUACUUCAACUUCAAUACUCUUUAACGCUUUCACAUCUAAAAGAGACUAAUAAUGCAGAAAAUAAAAAAUGAAAAAAAAAUAAUAGAAAUACGAAUAAGGAUAAUUUAACUAACGUUGCAUAGAUGAUUACAAAAGUUUGGGUAACUGUCUGCUCUUAUUAUCAAAAAUAAAAAGAUUCCAUUCACUUAUAGUUGUCAGUUUUUGCCAGUUGUCUUUGAUUUGUUGAUUUUCAAAUGCAAUGUAAACAAACGACAAUAAUUUUACUUUAAAAUCUACCCAUUAAGAUUUAACGAAAUUUAGCAGAAAUCCUCUUCAUGUCGUACUUUAGUCAAUGAAAGCCUCAAAUAAACAACAAACACAUGAAUUUUGUGACGCGAAAGCUAUUUUGAAUUCUUAAAAAUAUCAAGAACUGUUUGUUGCAAUUUGGUUAAGGUGCUUUUAAAAUAUGAGACUUACUAAUAGUAAGGAAAUCCAGGGACUGAAUUUUGAGUAAACCUAACAAUUUAAAAAUUUUAGGUUUCUUUUCAACCGUCCGUGUUGCAACGAUCGAAAUCUUACUUUUAACUUUAAUAAUGAAUGUAAUGUCUUUAAUAUAUUUUGCCCUUGUCAAAUUUGAGCUUUAUAUUUGUAACCAGCAACGAGUCUUAAAUAACAUCCCAACGAAUGGUAAUGAUUAUCAAACCGUCUUUAGUCACCUUAAAAUCUGCAGGCUUGGCCUUUAAAUUAGUUUAUUCCGGCCUGUUUCCUGUCCUUUUUCAUUAAUUUCAUCUGAUCAUUAGUUUCACGUUUUUUUCGUACUUUUCAUUAUCUCUAUUUCUUAUCUAUUAUCUUCAUCAUCAUUGUUGUCACUAUUUUCUUACGGUUCAAUAGCUUUAUUAUUAAUUAUUUAUUAUCUUGUGUGGUUAUCAUUAUUUCUGUUGUAGGGGGAGAAAGGAGAACCAGGAAUGGAUAAAAACAGUAAUGGUGGUGUUAAGGUAAGCGUAACUUUAUACUUCUUAAGUUGAAGACAGAAAUGACUAAUUUUCAGAGUCCAAAACAAAAUGGAAGUGCGCAUGCUCUAUCCUUAGAGCGACAAACGACUCAUUCAAUUUUCUUUAGUAGUCUUGCUUUUGUGCAGUUGUAAAUGUUACUCGGUUUAGGUCAAAUUGAUUUCUCCAAAACUAUGGAUUCCUUUCUGAUGUAAAACAAGUACCGCAUGAUCUUUAAAAUCAGAAGCAUAUAACCCCGAACGGAGUUAUAUGCUUCUGUUAAAAUCUUCAUUAUUUUUUUUUUCUUUUUGUAUCGCUAAAGGACAAAGUUGCGAUCAGUUCGUAUAAUUACCGAGAUCUUUUAGCUAUCUUCUUGAAUAUUAAAAGAUCUUCAUCAUUAAUAAUUUCGUUUGAUUUCUUCACAAAGGGUGAGAAAGGAUCUCGUGGUGGCAAAGGAUCACAAGGAGAGAAGGGAUCACAAGGACAAAAAGGAAUGCCGGGAACGUGUGAUACAAAGGUAAAUGUCUCAAAGCAUUUUCCAGACUUUCACUCUCUAUAACCCUUAUGCAUUAAUAAUUCUUAUACGAUAAGCCGUCAAUUAAAUUACCAUAGACUUGAUAUACGUCUUGCAUCUUCUUUUUCCUGUUAUUUUUAAAGGGAAGAGCGUGCGCAAGUGAGCGGCAAGGCCAUGACAAGUGACAAUCGAGCUUUUUACUGGUACAAGUCAGCUCGCAUGUCCCACUAAUUUAAGGAAACAAGAACAAAAUAAUGCUCGUAGUCUAUGUUUACUGACACCAAACAUGAUGCUAUCAUUAGAUUAGCACAAUGUCAUUCGGACAGCGGGAGCCUUUUUACAUCCCUGAAUGUCCGGUCAAGGGAGAUUUCCGAUAGAAAAAGUUGAAGGUACAUAUGUUAAACCCUAUAGUUUCCAUAAAUAACUACAUUAUCAGAUUGUUAGCUUUGUUAUUUAAUUAUAUUUUGAUCUUUUUAUUUUGCCUUUUAGAGCAAAUCGAAGUGCUGUUCAGCCGGUAUGAAUAUUAUUUAUUACUGUUGUCUACGAUGUACAUGUACGUUGAUUCAGUGAAAAGAAGAGUUGCUGAAUUUUAAUUUCAUGAAAACGUGGCUCCUUCACAUUAAAAUUGCAAAAACACAACACAUGAGUUACAUGUACGUUUCUACCUUAUUUUUUCAAUUUAUUCUAGUUGUUUUUUAUAGUAAUUGCUUGAUAAUAAAGAUUUUCAACAUUUUUUUUCUUGUGAAAGAUUGCUCUAUUGGAUUCCACUUUCUUGAGAAAGUUCAAGAUCUUCCAACCCGAGGAGCAGUAGAUGUGGAACAUUUCACCAUUGAUGGAAGCUUGUUUCUUGCUUUUGCCAACUAUUAUGGGGACAUUAAAAAAUACAAGACAGGUUCCACAAUCUACAAGAUGGAUAACUCGACUGGAAGAUUGUCUUUGUACCAGACCCUGCAGACAAGAGGAGCUCAUGGCCUCGAGUACUUUUCUAUUGCUAACAAACAUUUCCUUGCUGUGGCUAAUCAUUACGAUGGAACUCACCGGCUGGAUUCUAAAGUCUAUCAAUGGAAUGGAAAGCUGUUUGUCGACUUUCAGAAAUGGUCAACAAACGGAGCAAGCCACUUCACGUACUUCAAGAUACAUGGAAAAAAUUAUCUCGCAGUAGCAAAUCACCAUGACGGAAGUACCCAUUCUAUAAAGUCAGUUAUCUACAAAUGGAGCAGCGGCAAGUUUAACAGAUUUCAAGACAUAUCAACUGAAGGUGCCUUGGGAUGUACGGCGUUUGUGAUAAACGGUGACACAUUCAUCGCUUUUGCAAACUAUUACAACUCCCAACACAAGUAUUCUGUUCAGUCCACAGUGUUUAAAUGGUCAGGAGGUCACUUUGUUAAGCUGCAGUCUCUUCAGACUUACGGAGUGCGCGAUGUCAAGUCUUUUAACAUCAACGGUCACACUUUCCUCGCUUUUGCCAACCACUACUCUGGAAGUAAGUACAACACCGAUUCUUUCAUUUACAAGUGGAAUGGUAAGAAGUUUGUCCUGUUCCAGUCCAUUCCUACUCGGGGAGCCAUCGCAUGGACUCCAUUUGUGAUCAGCGCUCAAACUUACCUUGGUGUGGCUAAUCACUAUGGUGAUAGUCAGAAGCAUAACACCAAGUCAGUUGUGUACCAGGCCUCUGGAGCGCAGUUCAUCAAGUACCAGGAGAUUCCAACCCACGGGGCUUUUGGUAUGACGUCAUUUGAGUACAAAGGUCAUACUUACCUUGCAGUGGCAAACUACUACAAUGGCCAGAAGCACAACAUAAACAGCGCCCUGUACAAGUGGGUAUAGAGCACAAUGCCAAGGUCCAAGUAUAAAUGAGAUUUUGCGUAGCAAUGCACUAAACCAUUUCAUUUGCUAAACUAAGAAAAACAAAGAAACUUUAAACUUGGCUGUCUAUCCAUUAAGAAGUGUGCUUACGCUAAGGGAAUGAUACAAUAACGGUAAUAUUUUAGUUGAUUGUUUGAAAUGUUAGAAAACAGAUUUAUUAUCGCGGCGAUUAGUAGCAAUAAAGAUGUGCUUGGAUC